AUGGACUCGGAGGUCAAGGUUACCCAGAAUGCCAGAGUUAACAAGAAAGGGGACCAAGGCCCGAGCCUCUGGCUGGAGCUGUGCGGCUCUGAGAAACUCCCCUUUAUUUUUCCACAGGUGCUGGGGCUGCUGGUGUGGGCCCUGAUUGCUGACACCCCAUACCAUCUGUAUCCUGCCUAUGGCUGGGUCAUGUUUGUCGCUGUCUUCCUCUGGCUGGUGACAAUCGUCUUCUUCAUCAUCUACCUGUUUCAACUGCACACAAAGUUGUACAUGGUGCCCUGGCCGUUGGUGUUACUGAUCUUUUUUGUUGCUGCCACCGUUCUCUACAUUACUGCCUUUAUCGCCUGCGCGGCGGCGGUCGAUCUGACAUCCCUGAGGGGCUCCCGGCCAUAUAACCAGCGCUCAGCUGCCUCUUUCUUUGCUUGUCUGGUGAUGAUUGCCUACGGAGUGAGCGCUUUCUUCAGCUUCCAGGCCUGGCGAGGAGUGGGUAGCAAUGCGGCCACGAGUCAGAUGGCUGGGGGCUACUCCUAAGCCAGCUAUGCUGUGGCCUGAGUCAUGGUUGGGUCUUAGCACAGGGUCAUCCCCUAAGCUUACUGGACUCAAACUCUCCAGCACUCCUGAGGAACUGGCCCAUGCUGGCACAGAUGGGCUGCCAAGAGCCAGGCAUGGGGACAUCCUCCCCACCUCCCUUCCUCAGCAGAAGGUGAUGGGGGUUGGGGAACUCCUAUGGCUCUCUGCCUUGUCAUCUGAGAACUUCAAUAUCGCAGGCUGGGUCACCCUGCUCACCAGCACUAAAUGCACUAACAGACCUUCAGCCUCUGACCUGCCACAGUAUAAAUCUAACAAAAGACAGAUUAUCUUUGCUCCAGAAGCCAAGCAAGCCCCUAGGCUCUUCUGGUCCCACCGUCCCCUCCCCUGCCCCAUGCCAACCUGUCACCUGUAGAGAGAUUUUUAUAGGAAGAGUUGGGAUUUCCAGGACUGGACGAUUUCAGUUGGUUUCAAGUUUUUGAUGGCAGCAAACUGGCUAGGUCUCCUCCAUCACGCGGAGCUCUCCCCUUUGGGAGGUCUAGCAUCUGUGCAAGGAUUCUUCCGGCCCCCCACCACCCCUGUCCCCUGAUUAGGCACAGGGGACUUCUAAGGAGGGACAGAAGGAAGCAGGGCCUUGCCUGGUGAGCUGUCAGGGGGUUAAUGAUGACUCUUGUUUGGAAUUAUUAUUUUUUACAAUUUAAAUAAAAAUGGAAGCGUCUAUUUGGAAA